GAUUAUUUUCCCACAUCCUUGAUCUCCAUGGUCAACCCAGUCAAGACCAAACUGGCGUUCGAACUUGACUCUGUACUUCGAUCACGACCAUCACCAGGAAAGCUGGCUGCUCUUGCUACUAUUGCGCUCGGUCAAUAACACUGCGAACAUUUUUGCCAUAAUAACGUAACCAUUUUGUUCUGGAUUCAGUCUUCGAGAAGAAGAGUGAGAAGGCGUGGCUACGAAGUGCCAGAACGAUCAAAAAGGAACGAAGAAUUCCAAACAGUGGACCGCAUAAGGUUGGGUAGUAGCUCAACGCCAACUUGGUCGAGCGCAGGUUUUGUUACGGAAUUCAUAUCGGUCUCAAAGCAGGAAAAGGUCCACGCUUUGACACCAAUCUUUGGCAAUUGGACGAUUCCUCGGCCUCCUUGAUCCUCGAAGCUCACAGUCUGAGAUAUGUCUCGUGAUUCUAGCGGGUCAUUCACCAGUUCGAAUUCCGCAGCGCUGUAUCAAUCAUCUAACCAGUCACUAAAUCCUCCAACUUCAACUUCCUCUGCGCCAUCGCCUUCUUCAUCAUCGCAUUCAUAUCCAGAUGCAACUUCAGCACCGCCUCUCCCACCUCUUCAAGUGGUCCCUGCGCUCCCGCCAGACCGCCCAAAGCGUAAGCGUCUUGCGCGAGCAUGUAAUUCUUGCCAUAAGAGCAAGCGAAGAUGCGACGGAACUGCACCUUGUAGCAACUGCUAUUUCGCCAGUAAACCAUGUAUCUAUACAGACUCCAGUGGGAGAACCGUACCUGCACCUCGGGCUGCCGUUAUAGGUCCUGGUAAUAUCCCACCUAAUGCAGGUACAGGGAGCAAUGUACAGCAUCCCAUCGAGAGAACGCAACACAUGGGCGCUCAGGAUGCGAAUCCCUCUAUAGGAAGUAGAUCAUUUCGUCCUCAGCACAGCUUAUAUGGACACGCUGGCCCACCUUAUUAUCUUCCACCGCCAUCGCUCCCUCCUUUACUCCCUCAUCCACAACAGACUCAGCCUCCCUCCUCUUCACAUGAACAUUCAUAUUCUACCCAAUCUUCCUCUUCCAACCUCUAUGCAAUUUCGUCCGUUCCUAGGCAUGAGUGGGAUGGCAACGAGUCGUCUUCUAUACUCUCUCACCCAGAACAUCUUUCCAGAAAACGUCAAAGACAAGAUAGUACCGAUUUUGCUUCACCGGUAUCACUCGAUACAAAUUGGGCCAGGGAAAACGAGUACCAGCAAACUGUCGAUCUUCCUGGACAUCGGAGUACUACUUUUGAAACGACCCCGCUGGGCGGAUACGCCACGCGGCCAUCCAUCGUACUGGAACCUGCACUCACGCGAGAAUUGACCAAUCUUUUCUUCACGCAUUCACAUCCCAUGGUCAUGAUAAUACACAAACCAUCUUUCACAAAUGCGGUUACAAUGAACCAGGUGCCGAUGUAUCUGCUGUAUGCUGUCUGUGCACUUGCAUCUCGACAUUCCAAACAGCCAUCACUUGCAGCAACUCCGCGGCGCUUAUCGGGAAGACAUUUUGCGGAUGAAGCAGUGAGGUUGAUGUUCGAAAUUCCGAAAAACUCCAACUCAGAUCAUAGUACCGACAAAAGCAGAGAUGCCGCAGCAGAGCCCUCGAGCACGGACGAUCUUUACCGCGGAGUUCUGGUCCUUCCUGCUUCGCUUUACACAGCUCAGACGCUUUGUCUUCUUACAGUAUAUGAAUUACUCGCCUGGGAGCAGAAACCCUCGACCGUUGCUCGCAAUUUUACGCGUGCUGGAGGCUCUACUGAUCAGGAUCCGAAGUUGAUUUCACCUCAAGGAGAACGAUUUCGUCAACUCACACUUCAGAUGCUUCAAGAGCUUGGCGUACACAAACCUACAUAUCCGCUUUUAACUCCUGUACCGAGCCAGGCAUUCAUCGAGGAGAGCAUUGAAAAGGAAUGCGUAAGAAGAAUCUUCUGGCUUAUAUACAUAUUGGAUUGUAUGCGAGAAAUUUACUAUCAAGGUGAGGGCCAGUUACGAGGAGGUAGUGGGCGAGGAUAUCAUAGUGGAGGAAAUCUUAAUGGCGAAAUCUCAUCGCAUCAUACUGAUGCGCAAGGUAGCGUCGAGUCCACAGGAGGCUCACAGCCGUCAACAAAUGCCGCCUCUUUACCUCAAUUCACGAGUACGACGACUGACCCAUCAUUUGAUUCACCCCCAUUUUCUCAUUAUAAUGCCUCUAUGUCCUUUUCCCCUUCCAAGCGUGCUUUCUCGAAUGGGUUCAUAGGCUUCAGUUCGGAAGAAUUACGCGUUCGUUUACCGGUUGACGAGACGAGUUUCGAGAUGGGGGCAGUGCACGAGUGUCUACCCGAGUAUCUUUACCUUCCUUCUGCGCCCUUGCCUUCAACACAUCUACCGUCUCAUAAGGCUACGGCGACGGGCUCAGAACUUGCUCAGACAAUUAGAAUCCUCAGUAUAUACAACAAAAUUGAGCGCACACUGGAUGGGUUAUACCAGCCUCCCCUCCAGGCGGCAAAAAGUGAUCCAAUAUCUUUCUCCAAGCAUCACGUCCGCCAUUAUCAAGCUCGCGCCUCUUUUAGUUCUGCCCUUGUAGAGGAUCAUGAACUUUUCUCCGUAUGGGAUGAAUCUCAUCCUUCUUUUCUUCGCUGGGAUGAGGGCGAGAAUGUGGUAGUACAGAAAAGCAUGCUUGAAACAAAUUCAAAUACUGGUGCAUGGUGCUUUUGUCUCAUAGCACUUUUAGAAGCGAGCUGUAUCAUGGGAUUAGGUAUGGGAAGGCGGGCUGUGCACGGCGAGAGUUGGCCACAUCGCGAAGAUUCUACAACCAUGAAGGCUGUCGAUUAUACAGGGUCCAUGGCAUCAAAUGGAGGCGCACGAAUUGGAAUCAAUCAAGUUGAUUCGGAGCCUAAUUGGUGGAAGGUGAAGCAUAGAAAAGACAGACCUGGCGAGACGGAUUUGGAUUGGGGUGUUAGAAGGCUAGACAGUGUGCUGGAAACUUUAGGUGAACGCGCUGCGUACAGUGCCGCCAUGGGCGCCUGGAUAUGGCCUCUCAUGAAAUACAUGCAUCGCGAUGAUGACAAAAUUCAGAAAGGAUUGGACGGGUUUGAAGAGUUCUGCGGGGUUCGGAUGGAUAAACUUGCCGGAAAUCAUUGGGGAGCUUCCCCGACUCGUACCGGGAAAUAUGGCGAACUGGGAGAUACGGAAAUGGCGGAUGCUACGUUCUUGAGUGCCGAGCCUCCAUUUACCACUCAUCAGCACGGACAUGUUCAUCAGCCAGUGCUAGAUUCCCAGACCUCCAACUCAUCUGCCCCUGUCUCCUCUGCCUCCUCCACAUAUAUCGGGUCGGAAAAUCAGCUACCGCUAUUGCAAAUGCAAAAAACAACACUCCCUUCGCUAAAAUCGAGCGGGCUACUCGAUUGGUCAAGUCGAUCAUCACUUGGCUCGCAUCCAGGACCUGCUCCCUUGCAUGAUCAUUCACUGGUCCAAUUAAACGUAGGAACUGUCCAUCCCAACGCUUAUGCAGGAAGUGCAUCUCCAACAAGAACAUCUGGGUCGUUGAUUAAUCCGACUGCUAGUUCAACGAUAUCCGGACCCUUGGUGGCGAGUGAACCGAGCCCGUCAACGGAGACGGUGGAUACUUCACUUUGCAUUCCUUCGGCCCAAUGUGGGACUUCGAAUACACAACCAGGGAGGUCAGGUCUGAGCUGGAUGAUGAAUGAAUAAAAGAAGGUUAGACCUGCAUAUACGAUGUUAUAUCACGUUCCAAUAUUCAUAACUCUUCGAACUUUUCACUCUUUCUUUGGGGCCUGGGGUUUCUACAGUUGUGACAAAUAUAUAUCUCUGCUAUUCAAAUCUUCAAAGCUGGGAUGUAUCCAAGUAUCAUUGUCCAGAUAAUAUCAUAAUAAUUCAUUUACAUAAAUACGAAAUUACUUUUUUUAGGU